CAUGCAGGCGGCAGGCCUGCCAGGACUCACAUCUGUUACAACUUCGGAAAGACCUCCUCGCCCGCGGCUUUGCGGCGUGCAGCCCCGGCCUUUGAUAACCUCAUACUCCGUACUACCUAUCUGCCGCUUCUGGUGCAUGUACAUUUCUAGUGUGAAGCUCACAGGUGUUAGGGUCGAUGUAGCUUGGCCUGCUCAAACCUAAAGAGGUAAAAAUGUCCAGAUCCGGUGGAGUACCCCACAGCUACCGGAGAAGCAACCUCUCCCCCCACCCUGUACAACCAUCAUUAUCACUUGCAGCGUAGUAAGAGUUGAGAGGAGGGGUCAAGCGAGCAGAAUGCCAAUAAGAUGACUGCUCUCCUCCCACGGCUCUCAUGUGCGUGGAAGAGGUCGAGCUCCUCAGUGACAGCCCGUUCGAGGAUAUUCUUCAGAAUCAUCACCGCUGGCACCUUCCGCACCUUCUCCAUUACUUCGCAGCGCAGACGGGAGUCAACUCGCCCGAGGAUGGAGGUCGAGCUCACAGCACCAAACGGCAAGAAGUGGACUCAGCCAUUAGGUCUCUUCAUCAACAAUGAGUUUGUUAAGAGCAGCAACGGGCAAACGAUUACGUCCAUCAAUCCUGCCACGGAAGAGGAGAUCUGCUCCGUCUUUGCUGCGACUGCUGAAGAUGUCGACGCUGCAGUAGCUGCCGCCCGCAAGGCGUUCAAGGACCCAUCAUGGAAGUCACUCUCCGGGACAGAGCGCGGCGCCCUGAUGCUGAAGCUGGCGGAUCUGGUGGCACAGCAUGCCGAAACCCUUGCCACCAUUGAGUGCCUCGAUAACGGCAAACCGUACUCAGGCGCCCUUAGCGAGAACGUGCCCGAAGUGAUCAACGUGCUCAAGUACUAUGCUGGCUAUGCCGACAAGAACUUCGGCCAGGUGAUUGAUGCCGGCCCGGCCAAGUUUGCCUACACCGUCAAGGAGCCUCUGGGUGUCUGCGCCCAGAUUAUCCCUUGGAAUUACCCUCUAGAUAUGGCUGCUUGGAAACUGGGCCCUGCGCUGUGCUGCGGAAACACGGUGGUGCUGAAGCUCGCUGAGCAGACGCCUCUCUCGAUGUUGUACGUUGCACGGCUCAUCAAAGAGGCUGGGUUCCCGCCGGGCGUGGUAAACAUCAUCAAUGGCCACGGACAAGAAGCCGGUGCGGCGCUCGUGCAGCACCCGCACGUCGACAAAGUCGCCUUUACAGGCAGCACCGCCACUGGCAAGCAGAUCAUGAAGAUGGCCUCCGCCACUAUGAAGAACAUCACCCUCGAGACAGGCGGCAAAUCUCCGCUCAUCGUGUUCGAGGACGCUGAUCUGGACCUCGCGGCGUACUGGUCGCACAUCGGCAUCAUGAGCAACCAGGGCCAGAUCUGCACCGCCACGUCACGUAUUCUGGUCCACGAGAAGGUGUACGACGCGUUCAUCGAUAAGUUCAAAUCCAAGGUCCAGGAGAUAUCAGUACUGGGAGACCCGUUUGAAGAGACGACGUUUCAAGGCCCACAGGUGACCAGGGCGCAGUUUGAGCGGGUGCUCUCGUACAUCAAGUCUGGGCAGGAAGAAGGCGCCACCAUCGUGCUGGGCGGCGAACCGGCACCGCAGAACGGCAAGGGCUUCUUCAUCGCGCCCACCGUAUUCACCGACGUAAAGCCGACCAUGAAGAUAUUCCGGGAGGAGAUCUUCGGGCCCUGCGUGGCGAUAGUCAGGUUCACCUCGGAGGAAGAUGCGAUCCAGCUGGCCAAUGACACGGAUUAUGGUUUAGGCGCAGCGCUCUUCACCAAGGACCUAACGCGGGCGCACCGGGUGGCCAGAGAGAUCGAGGCAGGAAUGGUCUGGAUCAACAGCAGUAAUGAUUCCGACUUCAGAAUCCCCUUCGGAGGUGUCAAGCAGUCGGGCAUUGGCAGGGAAUUGGGCGAGGCUGGGUUGGCGCCAUACUGCAAUAUCAAGGCCAUCCAUGUGAACAUGGCGGCAUGAUGGUCCAAGACUGCUGUGUAGGUAACUACAUUACCUACCUAGUCAAGAUGCCAUUGCAAAAUAUGCAGACAAGUGAUUGUUUCUGUGUGCUUGAGGAAGUAUCUUGAUUCUGAUGUUCUUAGUAAUGUUAGACGAUAUCGAUGCGAAAUAUCAGCAUAUAGGUUCUUUUGAUGAUCCCGUUAUGUCGGUUUCAUGGUUCGCUUCCUGUAGCAGAGCUUUUCCUUCACACAUAGCAGCAAGCUUAACAACCAC